AUGAGGGGGGAAAGCCUAAGCAACGCGCACCUGCUCAUGCUGCCAGCAGUGUGCGGCGAGUAGAUGUAGUGGGCAGGCGUCGAGUGCGCGGUGAGCCUGCGGCAGCCCAAACGUUGGCCCGCCCCGCCCCUGGAGAGCAGAAGAAGAGUACAAGAAGACCGCGAAGAUCUGCCCGGAGUCCGCACGGAGUCUGCACGACACCCUCUUGGCCCCCCCGGGAUACCGUCACGACCUGGAAGGUCUGGCAUUGUACCGCUACCAGCGCUACCAGCAAUCCGUUCAGGAGAACCCCAACUUCUACUUCGGCCCCAUCGAACUCCUCCAAUUCGGCGCCGCCUCUUUCCUCUACACCCUCAUGCCAUCCGGCACCCGCAACUACGCUGCUGACGAGGAUACCAUCUCCUCUUUCUUCGGUGCCGAAAAGCAAUCCGACGGCACCUACACCUUCAACGGCAUGGAGAAGAUCCCCGACAAUUGGACGAACCGCAUCCACCCGUACGAUAUUGUCGGGGUCAUCCAAGAGAUCCGUAACAUGUACGACUUGCAUCCCGUCCUCUUCGGUGGUAACACUGCCGACGGCUCUUUCGAUACCAUCAACUUCGGCGCCAUCCGGGACGGCAAGCUGCCCGUUGACCUAAGCGUUCACGACGUGCAAUGCUUGCUCUACCAGUUGCUCACGGAGCGUGUCCCGACUUAUCUCGACGGCCUUGUCACUCCUACCGUUGAGACGCUCUCUUUGAUUGAGAGCAAGCUCAGCCGCACCUCCUUCGCUAACUUGGGCUGCCCCCAGGCUCUCACCAAGUAG